UGCCGGACCAAAAAAAAAAAAAAAAAAAGGCAACACCUCCGAGAAAAUAAGUGCUGAGUUGUGAAAGUUUUGAAUUCCAGGAUUAACAGCUCGAUCUUCGGACGGACCGCAGGGUUCUUUUUCAACAACAUGGGUCCGACCAACGUCCUCCACGAGUUCGCCUCUGAAGCGGGAUGUGGAUGCCCAUUGGAGUCCGAGCUACGAACCAUUCUGCAGCAAAGGAUUAUGGUCCUGGAUGGCGGGAUGGGAACCAUGAUCCAGCAGCAUAAACUUGAAGAGGAAGAUUUCAGGGGAGACGAGCUUAAAGACCACCCGCUUCCACUGAAGGGCAACAACGACCUUCUCAGUAUCACACAGCCUGAUAUCAUUUGCAAAAUACACAGGGAGUACCUGCGGGCCGGUGCAGAUAUCAUAGAGACGAACACAUUCAGCAGCACUUCCAUCGCUCAGGCAGACUAUGGACUGGAACACAUGGCUUAUCGGCUCAACAAGGUGUCGGCGGGCCUGGCGAGGAGGGCUGCCGACGAUGUCACCAAACAAACGGGUUGUAAACGCUAUGUGGCCGGGGCAGUGGGUCCCACUAAUAAAACCCUGUCUGUAUCACCGUCUGUGGAGAGACCAGACUUCAGGAACAUCACAUUUGAUGAGUUGGUAGAAGCCUACACAGAGCAGGUCAGAGGUUUACUAGAUGGAGGAGCCGACAUUCUUCUUGUUGAAACCGUCUUCGACACUGCCAAUGCUAAGGCGGCCUUGUUCGCCAUCGACCUGCUGUUUGAAAAGAGCUAUGAAAGAAAACCUAUAUUUAUCUCAGGGACUAUAGUUGACCGGAGUGGACGCACUCUUUCUGGUCAGACAGGAGAGGCCUUUGUCGUGAGUGUGUCCCACGCUAAACCACUAUGUAUCGGUCUCAACUGUGCCUUGGGAGCAACAGAGAUGAGACCAUUCAUUGAGGCAAUUGGAAAAAGCACAACGGCUUUCAUUAUCUGCUAUCCCAACGCAGGUCUUCCCAACACAUUUGGAGGAUAUGAUGAAACUCCAGAAGUAACAGCCUCCAGUUUAAAGGAUUUUGCUAGAGGUGGACUAGUGAAUAUUGUGGGAGGCUGCUGUGGGACCACUCCAGAACACAUUAGAGCGAUAUCUGAAGCUGUUCGACACUGCCAGCCAAGAGCUCCUGCUGCUGACAUUUAUCAAGACUACUUGCUGCUUGCGGGUUUAGAGCCGUUCAAGAUAGGCCCAUAUACCAACUUUGUAAACAUCGGAGAGCGGUGUAACGUGGCCGGGUCACGCAAGUUUGCCAAGUUGAUCAUGGCAGGAAACUAUGAGGAGGCACUAAGCAUUGCUAAGGCCCAGGUGGAGAUGGGAGCCCAGGUCCUGGAUAUAAACAUGGAUGAGGGGAUGCUGGAGGGCCCGACAGCCAUGGCCCGAUUUUGUAACUUCAUUGCUUCUGAGCCAGACAUUUCACGGGUUCCUCUGUGCAUUGACUCCUCUAACUUCUCAGUGAUUGAAGCUGGGUUGAAAUGCUGUCAGGGGAAAUGUAUAGUCAACAGCAUCAGUCUGAAGGAGGGGGAGGAGGAGUUCCUGCUCAGAGCUGCCACUGUGAAGCGCUACGGAGCUGCUGUGGUGGUCAUGGCCUUCGACGAGGAGGGACAGGCCACAGACACAGAGCGCAAAGUGGAGAUCUGCAGUCGAGCCUAUAAGCUGCUUGUCAGCAAAGUGGGAUUUGACCCCAACGACAUCAUCUUUGACCCCAACGUUCUGACCAUCGGCACAGGCAUGGAGGAACACAACAACUAUGCUGUAAACUUCAUUAGUGCUACCAAGCUUAUUAAGGAGACCUUACCAAGAGCCAGGGUGAGUGGAGGUCUGUCCAACCUGUCCUUCUCCUUCAGAGGAAUGGAAGCCAUCAGAGAAGCUAUGCAUGGAGCAUUCCUUUACCAUGCUAUCAAGGACGGUAUGGAUAUGGGUAUUGUGAAUGCUGGAAACCUGCCGGUGUAUGAUGACAUUGACGAAGAGCUGCUGCUAAUGUGUGAAAACCUCAUCUGGAACAGAGACAUCGAUGCCACUGAGAAACUCCUGUCCUACGCACAAAACUAUGUGAAAGGAGGGAAGAAGGUGGUUCAGACAGACGAGUGGAGAGAAGGAAGUGUGGAGGAGAGGUUGGAGUAUGCUUUAAUCAAGGGAAUAGAGAAGUAUGUAGUGGAGGAUGUCGAGGAAUGUCGCGUUCAGGUUGACCGCUACACUCGACCCCUUCGCAUCAUCGAGGGCCCCCUUAUGAACGGCAUGAAGGCGGUGGGAGAUCUCUUUGGAGCUGGGAAGAUGUUCCUGCCUCAGGUGAUCAAGUCGGCUCGUGUGAUGAAGAAGGCAGUGGGACAUCUGAUUCCUUUCAUGGAGAAGGAGAGGGAGGAGAUGAUGGCAUUAUCAGGCUCAACUGAGGAGAUGGAUCCCUAUCAGGGCACCAUAGUUCUGGCUACAGUGAAAGGAGACGUCCAUGAUAUUGGGAAGAACAUCGUAGGUGUGGUGCUGGGUUGUAACAACUUCAGGGUGAUCGACCUGGGUGUGAUGGUUCCUUGUGAUAAGAUCCUCAGAGAGGCCAUAACAAAGAAAGCAGAUAUCAUCGGUUUGUCUGGUCUCAUCACGCCCUCUCUGGAUGAGAUGAUCUAUGUGGCCAAAGAGAUGGAGAGACUGGGGAUGACAACACCACUGCUGAUUGGAGGAGCCACCACAUCAAAGACACACACAGCAGUGAAGAUCGCCCCUCGCUACAGUUGUCCUGCUGUUCAUGUUCUGGACGCCUCAAGGAGUGUGGUGGUGUGUUCCCAGUUGCUGGAUGAGACAGUGAGGGAGGAGUACUUUGAUGAUUUGAAAGAGGAGUAUGAGGAGAUCAGGCAGGAGCACUACGACUCUCUGAAGGAUCGUCGGUAUCUGUCUCUUUCCCAGGCCAGAGACAAGGCUUUACGUAUAGACUGGCCCUCUCUUCCCACACCAGUGCGCCCUCAGUUUCUGGGCACUCGCGUGUUUGAGUGCUACGACCUGAACAGUUUGCUGGACUACAUCGACUGGAAGCCUUUCUUUGAUGUGUGGCAACUGAGAGGAAAAUACCCCAACAGAGGGUACCCCAAGAUCUUCAACGACAAAACUGUUGGUUCGGAGGCUCGUCGAGUCUUUGACGACGCCCAGCAGCUGCUCAACCACAUGAUUGACAGCAGCAGUCUGAAGGGGCGGGGCCUGGUGGGAUUCUGGCAUGCCCAGAGUGACGGCGACGACAUCAACAUAUACGAAGGCGAUGCCACAGUGCACAGAGACACCAAACCCAUUGCCACAUUCCAUGGCUUACGGCAACAGGUGGAGAAGGACAGCUCCAGUUCAGAGCCCUUCUCUUGUGUGUCUGACUUCGUGGCCCCCGUAGACAGCGGCGUGGCAGACUACAUCGGUGUGUUUGCUGUGGGUGUGUUUGGAGCUGAUGAGCUGAGUCAGCAGUUCCAGGCUCAGGGAGACGACUACAACAGCAUCAUGGUCAAAGCUCUGGCUGACCGCCUGGCUGAGGCGUUUGCUGAGGAACUCCAUGUUCGCGUGCGUAAAGAGCUAUGGGGCUAUUGUGCCGAUGAGGCUCUGCAGGCCUCAGACCUCCACAGAGUUCGAUACCAGGGCAUCAGACCUGCGGCUGGCUACCCUAGCCAGCCUGACCACACUGAGAAGACCACCAUGUGGAGCCUGGCUGGCAUACAGGACAAGACCGGUAUUUGUCUCACAGAGUCCAUGGCCAUGACGCCUGCUGCCUCAGUGUCGGGACUUUACUUCUCCAACCCUCAGGCCUCAUACUUUGCUGUGGGAAAGAUCACCAAGGAGCAGGUGGUGGACUAUGCCAGGAGGAAAGGGAUGAGUGUGGAGGAGGUAGAGAGGUGGCUGGCUCCCAUACUGGGUUAUGAUUGUGAGGCGUAGAGCGGGACUGGCUGUGCUCCAGCAGGGUUUCAGUCCUACCACUGUAGCUCAACUAGGUUCUUAUUGUGGCUGAGUACUCUGGGAUUCACUGCACAACGCACAAACUAGGCUUUAUCAUUACACACUUUCACUGUAUAUUUCACAUUGGGUCACAAACUGUCCUCUGUGCCAACAGGUUAUGACAAACCUACUACUGUUGAACGCUAUGAAAAACAUUACAAAAUCCACUCUAAAAUCAAUUCCCUCUCAUUAAUGGUGUGAUUUAAUCAGGUUUAUUUUUGUAAUGAAAUAGUCUGUUGAAAAUCACAUGGUAUCACAUCACAGUAUCAUGUAUCCAGCAGUGCUACAUCAUCAAGAUGGUGAUCAUAACAGGUAAUGAUGUCAUUAUUGUUUUCAACCUUAAUCCUUGAUCUGGCUGGAUGUCAGUCAGGCUCUGUGCCACUAUUUGUUGAGGAGUUUUUUUCUCUCUCUGUAUACUAAAAUGAGACGAACCGUUUGUGCCAUUGAUUAUUUUAGUCUAAAAGAAAGAGUUUAACAUUUUUGGAAAAUGUGCUUGCUUGUUUUUUUUUUACUAAGAUGAGAAUUUAACUGGAGUCUGGAUGGGGUCAUCCUUGGCAAACAGCAUACAGACUGGAAGCAGAGGGAAAUGUCCAAAGUUAAGAAAUAAACCUUCCUUGAAUUUUACAUUAGCAGAAAUGUUGCUGGCCAAAAAAGUAAAAAAUCUGCCCAGUACAUAACGUAGCAUCUCUGCCUGAAGCACAAAUGCCGUACAGGCACUGUAGUACCAAAUCUAAUGUUAAUCACUAAGCUGUAGAUUUGUUGGUUGGUGGGGGGGGGUUUGUCGGUAUGCUAAGCUAAGCUAACCCAUUCCUGACUCCUGCGUCAUAGCUAAGACUAGUGUCUACAACCUCUUCUCAUUCUUAGGAAGAAUGUGAACAAGCGUAUUUCCCAAAAUGUUUAACUCUUCCUUCGAUGCAUACAGCUUUAAAAGAAAUUUGUUCGAAAAAAACAAACAAACAAGUGAAUAAUUCACUGCUGAGAAGCUGUUCAUACGUUCACAGCCAAAUUGCGAUAUGUGACCGGUAGUACAGACCAAUUCGUAUGCCUCUUGAAAAGCAUUGAUUUCAACAGCCCAAAGUAAAGAUAAAUGAAUGAUAAAUUAAAAUGAACACUGAUGACAGUAGAACAAUACAGGAAACCCUGGACACAUUGAUUCAUAAAUGCUGUUGAUUUUACAAAAGUUUUAGAUUUGUAUGUGAAAGAGAAAGUUUAGGUCUUCGCAUACAGCUUGCAAUCAUUUCGAUUUUUAUCCGAUUUUUAUUUCAUAGUCUUCAACCAGCUUCUCAUACAUGAAUGUACAUGUUUGUAUCUACAUAUCGUUUACCAUGUUUUCUUAAGGAUGUUUUAUGGACCAUGCAACAUAUCUACUUGUUUGAGGAUCCUGAAAUGUUUCCAUGUUACAAAAUGAAACAAACAAGGGCCUGGUGUUAGAAUCUGCAUGUCACGUGUCUUAAAAGCCCCAAAGUGAUGCAGUGGCAGUUUGUCUGAAACUUUGACAGUGUUUCUUAUUUUCAUCUGUUUUUCUUUCUUACAUUGAAAAAACAUGAUGAUUGUACUGUACACACUGUAAAACACUGUGGACAUGUUUUCUUUAUAAAAAAUAAAUAGUUUGAAUGGGA